UUGUUCCUGCAGGAGGGCGCUGUGUGCCAGUUGAGUCUCGCUGCUGAUCAGGAAGGUGCGCGCUUCUGGUCAAGGUUUUAGAGACGGGCAGAGCCAGAACCAAGCACAGACCGAGACCCAGCCGUCCCCGGCUCCUCCUCACCUCCUCACCUUCCUCAGACAUGGACUUCUCCAUCCGCGCCGCCGGCGUGGAGGACUGCAGGGACAUCGCGCGGAUGAUCCGGGAACUUGCAGAAUAUGAGAAAGUGACUGAGCAUGUGAGGCUCACUCAAAGAGACUUGGAGCAGGACGGCUUCUCCAAGAACCCGUUCUUUCACGGGAUCAUCGCUGAGGUGCCAGAGCAGAAUAGAACCAAAGAAGGCCAUACGAAGAUAGGCUACGCACUUUACUUCUUCUCCUACAGCUCGUGGACGGGCAAAGCCGUGUAUAUGGAGGACUUGUAUGUGAUGCCGGAGUUCAGAGGAAAGGGCAUCGGUAAAGCACUGAUGAGCAAGGUUGCACAGCUGGGCCUAGCUGCCGGCUGCAACCAGCUCAACUUCACCGUCCUGGACUGGAACAAGUCGUCUCUGGACUUCUACCUCAGUCAGGGCUGCGUGGACGUCACUGCUAAACUGGGCUAUCACGUCAUGCGUUGCGAGGGAGAGGGGCUGCAGCACCUGGCUCAGCCUUAAUCCGGCGCUGGGCUCCUUUCUCAGUGACUUUUGCAAACAUUGAUGUCGACCUACACGUUGCAGGGACAGGGCAUUACUCAGUGGCAAUAAAAUGAGCAAUGACAAUUGUUAAGUUGCUUCCAAUUUGUAGUUAUCGGAUGUCCAAUAAGACCCUAUAGUUACAAGCAUUAAGGUAUAAAGCCAUCAACACAUAGUUAAAAAGAAAAGAAAAUACAUGACUUAUUAAGUUGCAUAACUACAGAUAUCUAAAACUAGUUUCAGCCAAAAAUUAACCAAAAAAAACAAACUAUGUACACCCCAGCUUGCAAAAUCUUCAACAGCAAUAACUAAAAGUAUUUGCACAUGGAAAACUGAUGUUUUUGGAGAGACCUUUCAGAAAUAAACUUAUGUGAAUUAUAGAAGACAAAGAUCCUUUCUGAGAGAGCAGAAAACCGCUUGUCCCAAUGAGGAAUCGUUUUCACUGCACAUGUGUGGGCUCUAGCUGUCUUUAUACUCCUCUGUGGUGUAGUUUGACGGUCACUUGUUGUGAUAGAAAUUUAGCAGAAAAAGUGUAUAUUUUUAAAGUCUUUUGUGAUUUUAAGAAGAAAAAAGAUGCAUGAAAGGUCAUGUGUAGAGAAGUAAUGGUUGUACUAGGUAGGUUUGUCCCUUUAAAUGUUCUGCAGAGUUUAGACCUCACCUGUCCGUUGGUCUUCCAGAUCGGUACUAGUGAAAAAGCUGUCAAGCACUAUAUUGGUAUUUGCACUGUUCAAUACGUGUCAUGUCUUUUCCUUUAUUCUUUCUCUUCUUUUAAUGAUGAAACUGCACUAAAGGGAACAGUUGGACUCAAUCAGAAGUGCAAACCACUGACCGUUCUUUGUAACUUUUGCAGUUGGCAUCUAUAUUCAUUCUUUCUUUUACAAGAUGAUUCACUAAAAAUGCAACCCCCCCCCCUCUCCCAUCUUUAGAUCGUCAAAUUCAUCCAUGUGGAGAAGUUAAUUUCACAUGCCAUCAUUAUUGCUAUUACCAAGCACAUGCCAUCAAAAUCAAUACAGUCCAGGGGCACAUAUGGAGAUAUUUAUAUCUGCUCGUGUCUGUGCUUUUUCCCAUCAGUGAGCGAAACCAACAGCUAUAAUUUAUACAAAUCGGAGCUCUGUUUGCAGCGUGGCUUCAUUAAACUGUUUCAAAAUCGAAGUUCAACUCUGGCUCCUGUCAGAUCCAGCUGCAAUAAAUCUCUGAAGUGCGACUUUGCAUACAAAACACUCCAGCAGCGAGAACAAUAGUUUAUUCAGAUUUCAGUGCGCUCAAUGUGUCUGAAAUUCCCACAUAACGUCGCUCUGUGUAAGCUGCUGAGAUAUCUCUAUUGACGUCAUAUGUCUAAUCACUAUUUUUGACAGGAAAAGCAUCACUUUAGUGUUUUGUGAAAACCUUGUGAAUGCAUACCUGACCUUUGAGGAAAACUGUGACAUUUUAGACUCCGUCCGCAGAGUUUUUAAGGGCUUUGUUGGCUCAAAUAAAUUUCCCCCGGCUCACAAAGGAGCAUGAAGUCCCUCAGUCACAGCUGAAGCAUAAAAAAAAUCACCAAAUAUGGCUUCGUGAGGUUUUUCAUGUGACUUUAACUAGAUGUUUUGAUGAUUUUGGACAGGAAAGCACAACUGCUGGAGUCUUGUGCCGUUGGCCAUUUCCAAAGAAGAGGGAAUAAAAUAAGAGGGAGAGAGACCAAAAGUAAUUUCAUAUUUAGCUUAGAGCGUGCAUGAGAGUCGGAUGCUGGUUUCAAAAAAUGUAUUGUGGGCUCCCUGUGGUCACCCAUUCUUAUAAUCAAUCGCUGUUUUACUGUCUUGAUGUGAUCAAAGUAAUAAAAUCUGUCAUA